CUCUCUUAUUGACCUGCUUUAUAGGCGUGCGGCGGAGACUUAGGAGGCCGACGAACAACCACAAGACGUCCUCCUCCCCCAGCGCGGACCAGGAGCCCUCCGCCUCGGUGAACCGCUUCAAGGUCCGGAGCCGCCUCAACGCUGCCGCCGCUGGGGCCGCCGGGGCGGGCGCCGUCGCCACCGGCGCCGUGGUCGCCGCCUCCAGGAAGUCCUCCACCGUCAGCAACGCCGUCGCGCCCGAUAGCAGCGGCUACAAGGUGGUCUGCUACUACACCAACUGGUCGCAGUACAGACCCAAGGUGGGCAAGUUCACCCCCGAGGACAUCGGGGCCGACCUAUGCACCCACGUCAUCUUCGCCUUCGGGUGGCUCAAGAAGGGCAAGCUGUCCUCGUUCGAGUCCAACGACGAGACCAAGGACGGCAAGGUGGGGCUCUACGAGCGCAUCAUGACCCUGAAGAAGGCCAACCCCAAGCUCAAGGUGCUGCUCGCCAUUGGUGGCUGGUCCUUCGGCACGCAGAAGUUCAAGGACAUGUCCAAGUCGAGGUACGCCCGCCAGACCUUCAUCUACAGCGCCAUCCCCUUCCUGCGCGCCAGGAACUUCGACGGCCUCGACAUGGACUGGGAGUACCCCAAGGGAACCGACGACAAGAAGAACUUCGUGCUGUUGCUCAAGGAAUUGCGUGAAGCCUUCGAGGCGGAGGCCCAGGAAGUGAAAAAGGCGCGUCUGCUGCUCACCGCCGCCGUCCCCGUCGGCCCGGACAACGUCAAGGGAGGCUACGACGUCCCCGCCGUCGCCAGCUACCUGGACUUCAUCAACCUGAUGGCGUACGACUUCCACGGCAAGUGGGAGCGCGAGACUGGCCACAACGCGCCCCUGUACGCGCCCUCCUCGGACUCCGAGUGGCGCAAGCAGCUGAGCGUGGACUACGCCGCCAACCUCUGGGUCCGCCUCGGCGCGCCCAAGGACAAGCUCGUCAUCGGCAUGCCCACCUACGGCCGCUCCUUCACGCUGUCCAACACCAAACAGUACAAGGUCAACUCCCCCGCUUCCGGCGGUGGCAAGGCCGGAGAGUUCACGAAGGAGGCUGGAUUCCUGGCCUACUACGAGGUGUGCGAGAUGCUCAAGACGGGCGCCAGCUACGUCUGGGACGACGAGAUGAAGGUGCCGUACGCCGUGCAGGGCGACCAGUGGGUCGGCUUCGACGACGAGCGCUCCAUCCGACACAAGAUGGGCUGGAUCAAGGACAACGGAUACCUGUCUUUCUCCCCAGAAGCCCGCUCCAGCGCGAUCUUUUAUCUCUUUCCCAUUCCUACUCCCCUUCCCCUCCCUUUCCUACAAGCGGGCGUGUCAUCCUUACACAAUCAAUUAUCACGUUGUGUUUCUGUGCCAGUGCGCGCGCCGCAGGUGUUCUGCUACAUGACCAGCUGGUCCCAGAAGCGCCCCGGCUCCGGCAAGUUCACGCCGGAGAACAUCGACGCGUCGCUCUGCACGCACGUCAUCUACGCCUUCGCCACGCUCAAGGAGCACAAGCUCGCCAUGGCCGAGGAGAAGGACGCCGACAUGUACGAGCGCGUCGUCGCCCUCCGGGAGAAGAACCCCAACCUCCAGAUCCUUCUUGCCAUCGGUGGAUGGGCAUUCGGCUCGACACCCUUCAAAGAACUGACGUCCAACGUUUUCCGCAUGAACCAAUUCGUCUACGAAGCCAUCGAAUUCCUUCGCGAGUACAAAUUCAACGGUCUGGACGUCGACUGGGAAUACCCCAGAGGUGCUGAUGACCGCGCCGCUUACGUCAAUCUCCUCCGCGAGCUGCGGAUGGCAUUCGAGGGUGAGGCCAAGAGCGCCAACCUACCCCGCCUGCUGCUCAGCGCCGCCGUCCCCGCGUCCUUCGAGGCCAUCGCCGCCGGGUACGACGUGCCCGAGAUCUCCAAGUACCUCGACUUCAUCAACGUGAUGACGUACGACUUCCACGGCCAGUGGGAGCGCCAGGUCGGACACAACAGCCCCCUGUUCCCGCUCGAGAGUGCCACCAGCUACCAGAAGAAACUCACCGUGGACUUCAGCGCGCGCGAGUGGGUCAAGCAGGGCGCCCCCAAGGAGAAGCUCAUGAUCGGCAUGCCCACCUACGGCCGCUCCUUCACCCUGGUCGACCCCACCAAGUUUGACAUCGGCGCCCCGGCCUCCGGCGGCGGCACUCCCGGCAAGUACACGGGCGAGGCGGGCUUCAUGUCCUACUACGAGGUGUGCGACUUCCUGCACGGCGACAACACCACCCUGGUCUGGGACAACGAGCAGCAGGUGCCCUUCGCCUACCGCGACGACCAGUGGGUCGGCUUCGACGACGAGCGCAGCCUCAAGACCAAGAUGACGUGGCUCAAGGACGAGGGCUUCGGAGGCAUCAUGAUCUGGUCCGUGGACAUGGACGACUUCAGGGGCUCGUGCGGCACCGGCAAGUACCCGCUCAUGACCGCCAUGAGACAGGAGCUGGACGGCUACAAGGUCAAGCUGGAGUACGACGGGCCCUUCGAGGGCACCAGCACCUCCGGCGCGUACACCACCAAAGACCCGAACGUGGUGACCUGCGAGGAGGAGGACGGCCACAUCUCGUACCACCCUGACAAGGCGGACUGCACGCGCUACUACAUGUGCGAGGGCGAGCGCAAGCACCACAUGCCCUGCCCUGCCAACCUCGUGUUCAACCCCAACGAGAACGUGUGCGACUGGCCCGAGAACGUGGAGGGCUGCAUGCACCACACCCAGGCGCCGCCCACCAGCCGGAGGAGAUAGGCAGCCAGAAGAGCGCCACCCAGCGGAGAGUCGGCUCACCGACACACCGAGUCACCGAUCACCGCGGCGGCCGGGGGGGAAGGACCUGGAGGGACGCCUGUCCUGACGGCGUCCUCGCCGCCAGCUGGGAGUGCAGAGAGGAGGGCGCCGGAGAGGGGCUGCCGUGUCCAGUGUCCAGCCCCCCUUCGUAGCGCCAACGAUAACGCCAACUGAUUGCGAGUGGUAUGGACGCAAAGAGAGGAUGAAAGGCUUUGCAGCACGUCGGAAGCCUUCGACUUGUGAGCGAGUCGAUGUUGACGGUGGCGCGUGCUGUGCACACUCAAAAAGACUUUCCUGUGCGAGAACUGCUUCUUGUGAUUUCGUUCGAGGGCGCACACCAGCAACAGUAGGAUGACUGCGUAUCUAUUAGUGCCACACUAAGCCGGUGAGGGAAGGGGGUUGUCCAGUGUGAUUGAGGAAAAAAUAAUCUAGAAUCAAUUGAUAAUCAUUUUCUGAAAUAGAAAACAUGUUUCGGAUCAUCUGUGAUCAAUUUUCAUUUACUCACUUAAAUUAUUUCUCGCACUAUGAUUAGGAGAAGAAAGUUAAGUUGUACUCUAAGUGAAAAAGGUGUCUUUUAAUAUCUUAUGACUGGAACUAUUGUUUUUUGGGGAAAUAGAACUAUGUUUAUAGAAUUUACAUCUCUGACUUUUACCAUUGGCAGAUAUUUAUUCAGAAAUGUGUAACACUGAUAAACUGAAACUAUUUCUCUAAGAAAAAAUACUUUUAGCUUUUCAGCUUUGACCUAACAACCCCUGAACAA